AGAGGAGGCAGAGGACCUUCGCCACAGAGGUGACCAGGAGUGGAAGUGGAGUCUGGAGUGUUUCUACAUGCAAGUGGGGUGAAGAGCGAGAGACCCUCCUCUCUGUGGGGUCAGCCGAUGAGAGAAGAUGAAGAGCCAUAUCAGCAACGCCCUCUCCGACUUCUUCUUUGAGUAUGAGACCCCGCGCCAGGUGCUGGUCAGGAACAGGAGGGUGGGAGUGGUGUGCCGUAUCAUCCAGCUAGGGGUCUUGGCUUACAUCAUUGGGUGGGUGUUCAUCUACGAGAAAGGCUACCAGUCCGCAGACACAGCAGUGAGCUCUGUCUUCACCAAAAUGAAAGGAGUGGGUUACACCAGCAUAAACGGAAGUGAGAGAGUCUGGGAUGUGGCCGACUACGUCUUCCCCUCUCAGGGAGACGCAUCCUUUGUGGUGAUGACAAACUACAUCAUAACAGAAGGUCAGGAGAUGGGGACGUGUCCAGAGCUCCACGGCAAGCACAACUGCAGCACAAACGCUGACUGUGAAGGAGGGAGUUUCAAACGUACGGGACAUGGACAAAUGACAGGAGUCUGUGUGGAGAACAAGACUUGUGAGGUGUUGGCUUGGUGUCCUGUUGAGGACGAUCACAAAAUACCAGAUCCUCCUAUGUUGAUGUCUGCAGAGAACUACACGCUGUUCAUCAAAAAUUCUGUGACUUUCCCUUUGUUUGGUGUCUCAAGGAGCAACCUGGUAGAGGAUAUUGAUGCUGCAUACAUCAGUAAAUGCCUUCAUCAUCCGGACGACGCUCCACUGUGUCCCAUAUUCAAACUGGGAGACAUAGUUAAACUGUCUGGCUUUGAUUUCGAAACAAUCGCCAGAGUGGGAGGGGCCAUUGGUAUUGUGGUGGACUGGACAUGCAACUUCGAUGUGGAUGUAACACACUGUAAACCACAAUACAACUUCCACGGUCUGUACGGAAAUGCUGCUGAGACAGACAAAGCCAAAGCUUCAGUGGGCUACAAUUUCAGGUAUGCAAAGCAUUAUAUGGACAACAAAGUUCAGAAGAGAACCCUUCUCAAAGUGUUUGGGAUCAGGUUCGAUAUCAUUGUGCAGUCACUGGCGAGAAAGUUUGAUAUCAUCCCAACACUGACAGCUAUAGGCUCUGGAGUGGGCAUCUUUGGAGUGGCUACUGUAGUGUGUGACUUAGUGCUGCUCUAUUUACUACCAAAAAGAGCAUUUUACAAGAACAUGAAAUUCAAAUACACAGACACACAUGUACAGCAUGACAGCGAGUUGCUUGGUUUAGAAAAAAGCGACUAUUGCAACCUUGAAGCAAAUGCAAGACAAGUCCAAGGCACUGGCCAGUCCAAUGAUCCUGACUCGGAGGCAGGUAGCACAGAGACAGAGGUAUCCAAAGUAAGAGUUUCAUAUAUAUCUUACAAAAAAUAAAGCCUAUGUACGGAAGCCCUGGGAGGAAAGAGUUUCAUUAAUUUAGCUCAGGCAAAAAAAUCCAAUAUGUAGGAGAUAAUAUCUCAUACUUAGGGGAUACGCAUACAAAAAAUAAAUGCCCUCUCAGGGCUUCCGUAUAUUUGCUUUACUUUUGUUAUGGCUGUUGUUUUAUCUAUCUGCUAUUUUUGUAGAAAUGACCUGGGAGCAAACCUUGAAGGCGGUGCUUUGAAGGAGUAUUGUUCUGGGACCCUGAGAGACAACGUACACACACACACACACACACACACACACAGACUCUGAACGGAUUCAGGAUUGGAGAAGGACAGUCGGGAGACAGUGUGUCCAUUUAUUCAACGGGACCUUCUACCAACAACAUGUUUCCUCUCUUACAGCCACCCUGAGUGACUGUGACUAUUGCUGUUGUAUGUAGAACUUUAGCGUAGCUCAAAUGUAUGUGUACUUUUUCGGGUGUAGCUCGGUUUGCUUUUGUUCACACUUUGGGUGUAACCUCCAACUCCACCACAUUCGUGCAGGGGAAAUAAAACUUUCUUACCACUUGCGUGUGUACACAAAUCCCCAUAACUCAUUACCCAUUAACUGUCGCAGUCUUUUGUCAAAGUCACGCAAUGUGCAGAUGUGCCACUGUCUGAGUGAUUCAUUCACUCCUGUGUGCACCUUGUGAUCUACGAUUGAAUUCAAUAAAAUAUGUACAGUAAUGUUACGGC